AUGGCUCAUAACGACCUGAGAGCGCAAAUCGCUACCCGCGUCUUGGAUGUGGGAACUUACGGAGAUUUGCCGGGGACGAAGAGUCUCUUCAAGCUGAAGUAUGAUAUUGGUGGCAUCCACGAAGCACUUGCUCUAAUCACCAUUGGGACAGAAUGCGAAUAUUCAUCACACGUGAACGCGAACAUGUUCGGAAUGGGCGAAAACUUUAUAACGCCGCAGCUGAACGAACCGCUGUAUUCGGCAGACUCAACGGGCAAGAAAGGGUGCACUAGAAGCAAUCCAUGUAACAAAAUUAUUAAAGAUGGUGUCUGUGAAACGACUGAUGACAACGUUGACCCUCUUUGCGAACAGAUAUCGACGAGUAUGUAG